CGGGAGAGCGGUAAUGAACACAUUUCACUCAAUGGAUCUUUAUAUUUAGAGCUAGAUGUGACGCUCCCCCCGGCCACCACCAAGCUAAGACUGGGGAAGGCUCAGGCACACAUGCACCGCACGGCUUGUCAUUUUACAGUGACUAAUAGGGCAUAACUAUUACGACAUCACAAAAGUCGAAACAUAGAAUCUACCGUUUCGGCUGCGUCUCCAGUUCACGACUUGAGUGCUUUGUCGCGGGCGGUUCUGGAAGAACACGAUCUUAACUCCAGCCGUUGUGAAAAUGAUGGCUGGUGGAGCUGUUCAACAUAACGGGAUAUUCACGAAUCCUCACCACAACAGUCAACCGCCCCACAUGGAGUCGGAUUCUCCCGAUUCCCGAAAAAGACCAUUAGAAACCCCCACCGAGGCGAGCAGCACCAAGCGCACAAAUACAGGAGAGGAGGGCGAGUACUUCUUGAAAGUGCUGAUCCCCAGCUAUGCAGCCGGAUCCAUCAUCGGCAAGGGAGGCCAGACCAUCGUCCAGCUGCAAAAGGAGACAGGGGCCACUAUAAAGCUGUCCAAAUCCAAAGACUUCUACCCAGGCACAACAGAGCGCGUCUGCCUGAUCCAGGGGACAGUCGAGGCCCUGAAUGGCGUGCACAACUUCAUCGCGGAGAAGGUGAGGGAGAUGCCUCAGAACGCCCAGAAGCCCGAGCCCGUCAGCAUCCUGCAGCCCCAGACCACCGUCAACCCAGACCGCGUCAAACAGGCAAAACUGAUUGUGCCCAACAGCACCGCGGGGCUGAUCAUUGGUAAAGGUGGCGCCACGGUGAAAGCCGUGAUGGAGCAGUCAGGUGCCUGGGUUCAGCUCUCCCAGAAGCCCGAGGGCAUCAACCUGCAGGAGCGCGUGGUGACGGUGAGCGGGGAGCCCGAGCAGAACCGCAAGGCGGUGGAGAUCAUCGUGCAGAAGAUCCAGGAGGACCCGCAGAGCAGCAGCUGCCUGAACAUCAGCUACUCCAACGUGACCGGCCCCGUGGCCAACUCCAACCCCACCGGCUCCCCGUACGCCAACACGGCCGACGUCCUGCCCAACGCAGCAGCCGCCGCCACCGCCUCCACGCUCCUGGGCCAGGCCAGCCUCGCGGGCAUGGGCGGCUUUCCUACGACCAUGUCUAGUUUCUCCGGCAACGACCUCCUGGCCAUCACCUCGGCUCUGAACACCCUGGCCAGCUAUGGCUACAACACCAACACCCUAGGGCUCGGCCUCAACCCUGCCGCCGCCUCCGGCGUGCUGGCAGCAGUCGCCGCAAGUGCUAACCCCGCUGCCGCGGCCGCCGCUAACCUGUUAGCUUCCUAUGCUAGCGAGGCCUCAGGAGGCCAUCCUCCCCCCAGCCUUGGUGGCUUCUCCUUGGGUUCUCUGGCUGCUGCCACUGGGGCGUCCAACGGCUACCUGAAUGCGUCCUCCCCUCUGGUGGCGUCAUCCCUGCUGGGCACUGAGAAGUUGACGGAGGGUGGCAAGGAAGUGGUGGAGAUUGCAGUGCCAGAGAACCUAGUUGGAGCCAUCCUGGGCAAGGGUGGCAAAACACUGGUGGAGUAUCAGGAGCUGACGGGGGCGCGGAUCCAGAUCUCCAAAAAGGGGGAGUUCAUCCCCGGCACCCGCAACCGGAAAGUAACCAUCACGGGAUCGCCCGCGGCAACACAGGCCGCCCAGUAUCUCAUCAGCCAGCGAAUCACAUACGAGCAAGGCGUCCGCGCCACCAACCCACAGAAGGUGGGCUAAAACAAGACAUGAGGAGGCGGAGGAGGAGGACAGCCUGAGGGACACGGAGAGGAUCCAGAAUGGGAGAAGUAAUUUGAUAUUAGUUUGGUGGACAGGUAUUUAAACAUGGGGCAAUUUGCAAUGGGGGAACUUCUCACUUUAGUAAACAAAAAAAGGACAAAUGAAAAAUAGUGAGGGAAGCAAAUGAUAGUGAUGGCGGGGUGGGGGGGACAAAAAAAAAUGAAUGUUUGAUAUGUGAAUAUGCUUUUCUGACUGAAACCGACGGUUUUUUUUUGUUUCGUUUUUAAAGUGGUGUUGAGUCCUCUAGGUUGUGUUGGUCUUAACAUCUGGUCCCCUUUCACACUGCAGGACCGAGACGCAAGACCACCAGAUUUUAUCCUUACAAUAUACAAAUCACCAAACGGGAAUAAUCAGUUUUUCAGUUUCCUUUCUUCCUUUUAACAGCUACCAUUAUGUUUCAGGUAUCUGGCUCCCCUCUCUCUCUUUCUGGGGGCUAGCAUAGGCCACAGUCUUCAGCCGGUGACAGGUUCUGCUUUCAACCUUGUCAAUUAUAUUUACCUUCAGCAUCUCCGGAUGCAUUCAACUGUACAUGGCACAGUGUUGUGUUGUUUACAAGGUUGAGGGAUGUUGUGGGAAAUGAAGCAUUCAAAGUGACUCCGAUUGCUUCUCUCAUGUGAGCGUGUCCCCUCUCGUGUACAGGGACACCACUCCUUUCAAGUUGAUGUGAUUUAAGUGAUUUCUUAUUGAGUCAUUGAGAUAACAUGCGCUAUCAUUUGCUUGUCAGUAUGGUUUUACGCAAAUGCUUUUUAGAUUUACUUAAAGUAACCUGUGUUGUCAGGUUGACAUGAAUGUAAAGACUUACUGUUAUUUUUUUCUAUGUAAGAGGAUCAAAUGUUGUGUUGGUGUGUAACAUAGAGGUUCAAUGUAAACUCAGUCACUACUGGUCAGAGACUGUGUAUGAGGUCACGGGUCCGAUGUUCUAUGGCAAGGACAGGAAUGUAAUCACACACAUACACACUCACACACACACACACACACACUCACUCACACACACACACACACAAACACACACAUUCUCACAAACAAAAGUAAAGACAGCCAAACACAUGCAAAGAAACAAGCAAACAGCAUACUCAGAAAACAAAAACACAUAUGGAUCCCAAUUUUGGUGCUACUAACUCACAUUGAAUCACAAAAGUAGGGGACUACACUGACACAUAUUUUUUCUGGGAAAUGAGAUCACCCAAUCCAAGAUUGUCAGUGAGCUGGAGAAAAAGACAAGUGUAAUUUGAACUGCAACAUCUGUUGUGACUGACCUCAAGGACACCAGCGAGACUCACACUUUAAACUUCAGCAAUUUAAUCUACUAACAAUUUAAUCUGCUGUGCUCCUGUGUGUGUCGCUGCAACCGCAGACUCACACGACCCGAUCCCAACACGUCCAAACCCUCUUGGAAAUGAAACGUGCUUUCCGAUGGUAGUUAGUUGUUUUAUUUUUUUUGUGGCAUUUAGCGCUACCGCCUGUGAUUGCAGCUCAGGUUGUUCUAACUUGCAUUUGAAUUGACGAGGGGGGGGGGGGGAGGUUGGGUAAUCAAAACCGAAGAGAACUUCCAAUGUGAAUGUAGCACGACACACAAAAGUUCAGUGCUGAAAAGCAGGUGGAACUCUUAUUUAGAUUUAA